AUGCUCAGCGUUAACAUCACUCCAUCGCCUCUGCCCCAUCUCCUCAAACCAGUGCCCACUUUCGGCAACAAGGAAGAAGAAGGCAACGACGACAACUUGGUGCUAGAAAACGAAUUCGGCGACCUCAUCGCCGAGCUCAGAGCUGUUUUGGGUACCUCCAAGGGCCUCGCUCUGGACGACAUUGACGUGAAGCAUAUCCAAAACAUCAUGGCCAAUUACGAGUCGAAAGAAGCCCACUGGGGUAAAUACGCCUUGAGUGAUGCCUCUAAAGGGUACACUCGUAACGGCAUUGUCAAUAUCAACGGCAACGCCAAUCUCUUGAUUUUGGUGUGGCUGCCAGGCAAGGGAAGUGCCAUUCACGACCACGCCAAUGCUCAUUGUUGCAUGAAGAUACUUAAGGGAGAACUUACUGAGCUGCUUUACGAUAUGCCAGAUGGAGAGGGUGAAAUGAAGCCUAGACUGGUGAGUACGUUGCAGAGAGACGAAGUUGGGUACAUUCUGGAUGACAUUGGGCUUCAUAAGAUCAGUAACGAGACGAGUGAUUUUGCUGUUCUGUUGCAUUUGUACACGCCUCCAUAUGCUAGUCUUUAUGGGUGUUCGAUGUAUGAGUCUGGGACGGCAAAGAAGCACCAUUUGAUUCUUUGGAAACUUAAAGAUGCCCUUGAUUGGCCAGUUCAGGAACUUAAGGAACUUAAGCGUAUCUCAAGAUCGUUUAAGAAGAUCCAAUAG